AUGCCGCUUUGGAAUGGUUCGAUUUUUGAAGACUCCUCUGAAUCAACAUCAUACAACAUUUCCUUAUGGAAUGCGUCUACUAUUUCAACAUCGCAAUCAUCAGAUAUAAAGGAUAUCAUUAAAUGGUAUACUACAGUUAUCAUCAACCCAUUUAUCGGAGUUUUUGGAAUCUUUGGCAACGUUUUAAGCUGUAUAGUCCUCAAGAAAAGAGGGUUGCAUAAAUCAUCUGACAUUCUUCUUUUCACUUUGUCUAUUGUUGAUACCCUCGUAUUGACCGGUACGUUGGAAGUGUACGCGAUAUUGUUGCAGCUCAGAAUUAAAUUUCCUUCCGUGAGUCAAGUUCUAGACGUGGACUGCUCUUAUCAACUACCUGUAGAAAUAUUGUUGUAUUUCCGUAUAAUCCUUGAAGGAGUAGUUAACUUUGCAAUAGAAAUGAGUGGCUUGAUUUGUGUUUACAUAACUUUAGAACGAUUUAUUGCGAUUUUCUUUCCUCUAAAAUUUCGCCAGAUUGUCACCAAUAGACGUGUGUGGGUUGUCCUGGCAGUCUCAACAGUGACUCUCGCAGUUUUUUCUGUUAUCGCCGUUAGGAAUCUAGUAAUCUUAAUAAUUUAUGAUGACAAUAAAACUACUUGUCAUCUGAAAUUAAGGCGCAUCAGUAACGACGAGGAUCAAAUUAUAGAUAACACCCUCACCAUCUUGACCAGCCCAAUAGCUUUGAUAAUUAUUGCAGCAAGUACCGUUGCUAUUGGCUUGAAACUGGCCGUCGUAAGAAGAAACAGAACCACAAUGACAACAACAGCUAAUAUCUCUAGAUCAUCUCUCAAAACCACUAAGACUUUAGUGGCUGUAUGUGGACUCUUUGCACUCACCCAAAUCAAGAGAAUGCCAUACACAGUAAACGUGGAUUGGAGCGCAGAUAUCUUGGAUAUUUACUUAAGGAUCAAUGUGACUCUGGAUUACUUAAACAGUGGCCUCAACUGGCUUGUCUACAUUACACUGAACGAUCAGUUUAAAAAGAUGAUGGUCGACAUGUUGUGCUGUUCUACACAUUCUUAA